UGUCAUGUGUCAAUGUAAGUGUCAAUAUCAAUGUAUUUACUCAUAUUUACUGGUAUUUACGACGUGAUUUAUUGAAAUUUGAAUAUUUAAAACAAAAUUGAAUUGAAAAUGCCCAAGGCAAGAGUUGUAUCAUUGGCCCAAGUGGAGGCACUAUUAUGCCUCCUUGAAACCCACGGUGAUAUAGCCCGAGGGCGCAUGAUAGGGGGCGCUUUGGCUAGCCUAAGAGUUGAUGAGUUUUGGGCCAAUGUCGCCUCAAAUCUCAAUAGCCUUGGGGAUGGGGCCACCAAGUCACCAAAAGCUUGGAAAACGUACUGGUAUGAACUGAAAUAUAAGGCGCGCAAGCGCGAAACUGCGCUACGGCAGCAUGCCCGCGGGACGGGUGGCGGGCCACCAAAAAAACCUCUGUCUCUAACGGAGGUCCGUAUUUUGCAGAUAGUCGGAGAGGUAUCGUACGCAGGACAUCCGCAGGUGCAGAUACCUCUUCCUAAUCUGCAAAAUACGGAGUUAUUCGAUACACAGGUGACACCUCAACCACCGUUAACUCAAUUGGCUGACCCUUCCCGCCUGCAAAAUACGGAGGCAUUCAAUAUACAGGUGACACCUCAACCACCUUCAACUCAAUCUGCUGUCCCUUCCCGCGAGAUAAUAUUUCAAAAUCUGUCGCCCACUCCACCUCCACCUCUGACCCCACCGCCUGAGUCUUCUACAGAUGAUUCUGUAGAAGUUGGACCAAGGAGUGGUCGCACAGCAGAGCAAGCCAGGGCCCCUCGACGACCUUAUCGGAGGCGUCGUUAUGAGGACCCACCUGUGUGGGCGCAGAGAUAUGAAGAGCAGCGCCUCGAAAUCGACCGCGAUCGGGCACGCAACCUAGGGCGCUUAGCGGACAUCGCUGAACAGGGGCUGCAAAUCGAGAGAGAUGCAGCGCGCCAUCUAGGACGCUUGGCUGACGUCGCAGAGCAAGGGCUGGAAUUUGAGAGAAAUCGGGCGCAGCAACUAAGUCACUUAAUAGACAUCGCUGGACAGGCAAUGCAAAUAUUAAAUAGGUUUGCUGGAAGUGAUGAUGCAGCUUAAGGUGGAAUGUGCUUGCCUAGAAGGUACCUAUUCACUCUUCUUUUGUAAGUCCCGAUGCAGCUGAUGGUGGA